CGGGCAACCCUCGCCGAACAACGGCCAACAUUGAUACUUAUACUCUUUUUGUGUCCAGUCACGCACUGCGAAGAUUGAUCCUUGCUCUACGUUCCUGACUUUCCUGUUUUGAUCCGUUCUCAGCACAGUCUUCAAAUCCUAACAAAGUCCUCUGUAGCUGACUACUGCAUCUUGCCUUGUCCCCUCUACUCCUCUGCUUCCUAAGCUCAAGGACUGCACCGUUAACAGGCCUGGCAACAGUCCGACAACAUGGCGACGAUCAUGAAGAACUCCAACUCCUUGCGGAAAGCGCUACAUACGGGUUCCGGCCUGUCCUUCGGCGCCUGGCAGAUGCUACCAGGUGCCUACCUUUCUCGAACAAUUGCUAGAUCAGGAUAUGACUGGAUUUGCAUUGACUGCGAGCACGGCAACAUUGCUGAUAAUGAGAUGCACGAGUCCGUCCACGCCAUCUCCUCCUGCAACGUAAGCCCUAUCGUUCGAAUCCCGGCGAACGAAGGGUGGAUGGUAAAACGUGCCCUCGAUUCUGGUGCACACGGCAUUAUUGUGCCACUGUUGACCAGUGUCGAUGAUGCAAAGAGAUUGGUACAGAGUGCGAAGUUCCCGCCGUACGGCAGGAGAGGGUUUGGCAGUCCUUUCUCCAUGGGCUCUUUCGAUAUCCACGGCAAUCUAUCCGGAUUCGAUUACAUGAAGAAUGCCAAUGAGAACCUCUUGACGAUUGUACAGAUCGAAACCAAGGAGGCUCUGGAAUGUGUUGAGCAAAUAGCCCAAGUCGACGGAAUCGACGUCCUCUUCAUCGGACCUUGGGAUCUCGGAAACAACAUCGGACAUCCUGUAACCGGAGCAUUUGAUCCUGAAUUGGAGGAGGCCAUAGCAAGGGUUUUGAAGGCCGCCCAAACCGCUGGUAAAAAGUCCGGAAUAUAUUGCCCGUCUGGAGAUGUUGCGAGAAAAUAUGCCGAUCAGGGGUUCCAGAUGAUCUCCGUGGUCAACGAUAUGACAGCCAUCCCGACAUUCUUCGCCGAGUCACUUUCCAAAGCAAAGGGCACAUAUGGUCAUGCCGCCGCCCAAGCCGUAAAGGGUGCUGCUUAUGGUGCCGUCAAAUUGGCGACACAGAAUAGAGAUGAGAAGUAAUAAAAUCAAGUGCCGACCUCGUCGACAGCCGCUUCCACUUCCUCGACCGUAAAGCGAUGCAUGAGCUUCUUUGCCGCGUCGAGUGAGGUGAUACUGCCAUUGGAUUGUGGCUGUGUAGACUUGUCGAUGUGCAAAACAGGCACGUCAUAGUCGUAGACGCUUUUCCACUGCCCUUGACCCGCAGCGUCAAUAUCAAUCUCGGAAUAGUCGACCGUUCGUCGCUUUUGGACCUCUAUGAGUCUCAAUUUAGCUGUGUCGCAGAGACCACAAUUUGGGCGUGUAAAUAGCGUGAGGCGCGCUGAGGCCGCGCGAAGGGUUAACGACGCUCUCAUGUCGACCCAAAUGUCUGCUGAGAAUGCGUGUGGAUGCGUCUACCGCUUGCGUGACUCGAUAAUGGAGAAUAAAGGACUCUACAGGAAUUCGUCGAAUAUCAAUGUGUUGAAGAUGUAUACUUGUUGAUUGAUU